AUGGACGACGACCAAGAGGCCCCGCCGGCCCGGAGCACGUGUGUGUUCGUAGGCAACCUACCGCUGCCUCGCGACAUGCCUGGGCCCGAGGAGUUCGAGAUUUGGUUUGAUAGUGAACUACAGGCCCUGGAAAAUGGGGCUGCAUCCGGAGGUCCCGGGGGUUGUGGAGAUAACAGUGUCGGUUCGGGAGACCCGGGUACUGAGGGGUCCCGGGUGGAGUUGAAGGAGGAGGAGGAGAGUCGGCCUGUGGUGGCUGGGAAUAAGUUUGUAUUGGGAGUAGAGGGCUGGUCGGCACGAGAUGGAGUAUGUUUUGUACGAUUGAAAGACGUGGAGUUCUUAUCGCUGGGGAUGCGGAUGAAUGGUCGUGAGUGUCGGACGACACAUUUGGCGGUGUGCCCACCGCAGUGUUUGCCUGACCCGUUGUUUGCUCAGCUGCCGGUGGUGGGUACGCGUUUGCCGCGGUUGCAAUCAUUGCCUUAUUGGAAGAACAACGGGUACUUGAUAUUCUCUAAUGCGCAGCCUAGUAUGGAAGAGAAGGAGUUACGUUCAUUGUUUGAGGCGUUGGGUGGCCCGUUGGAGACUUUGUAUUUAUUCAAGAGUGAGGAAUUGGAUCGGUUGUUAGGUGCCAGUUUAGGUUGUGGUCGUUGUUCGUAUUCGAAUAGUCUUAUUAUUGAGUCGGUGAUUCAGCGGUUGCGUUCUGCAACAUUGACGGUGGCGGUUUUGGUGGAUUCGCGUCGGGCGGAGGUGUUAGCGUCAUUGGAGAAAAGUAAUGCAGGAUGCGUCCAUACAAGCCUGAGCGAACAACUCAUGGGCGACCCAUUGACUGCGUUUAUGCUUCGUUCGGGUCGGCUUGUGGGGGCCAAAGUGACUCGUAUUGUGCAGUUGUACAACUUCAUUACUCUCGAAGAUAUUCUAUGCGACACACUCCGGUCCGAGCUUGUGACUGCCGUGAAAUUAGAAGCCGAAAAAUACGGCAGAUUAGAAAGUCUCGUGUGCCCUCUCCCGGAUUCGCGACUAGGCCAACUUGGUCCCGACUCCGCUGGAGCUAACGCCAAGAUCUUCCUAGAGUACACAGACACCACUGCCGCCCGCCGAGCGCAACUCGAACUCAACGGACGCACCUUCAACGGCAAAGUCGUUUGCGCCGCUUUUUACCCAUUGCUGCCCUUCCAGCUCAAAAGAUACUACCUAUUCAGCCCUUAA